AUGUCCUCCGCCUCACGUCCGAAGGAUGAAGCAUCCAAAUUCAAAUCGCGUACCUCGCUUCCAAGCCAGAGUGGCUCAGCAUCUGUGGCUCACGCCGACGCAUCGACCGACGAAUGCCGGUUGAUCAAUUUCUACGUGCUGCUCGACAGCAAGCAAAAACUCAUCGACGCACAAUCGUCAGGCGACGAGUCCGCAGAGGGCGCUGGCGCUGACUCUUCGAGUGGAGGAGAGAUGAAGACAUUCGGCGAGGUCGCCAUCGAGGCGGACGAGUACGUGGAGAAGCGGAUGGACGUGUUGGCUCAGAUGGUCGAGGAAGGACUUCUGUGGCUGGACAGAUUUGCGGAGAACGCGCUGGGCAGAGAGAGGUAUGCGAGUUCCGGACUUGAGAAACUGACGGAUGCGCAACUGGCCGAAGUGGCGAGGACGCGGCGCCAACAAAGGAGCAGGCUUGUUCAAAGCACAUUGCCAGCCACACUCCUGUGUGGAUUGUCGUCCAAGGUCACUGAGGAACCCAGCCUUGUCCAAGACAAUGCGUCGGAUUCCGGAAGAUCAGGCAAUGAGGAGGAGAGGGAUCCCAAUGUCGCGCUCCCGGAUGUACGCGUCAUCCCAGCGACUCCCUUAUCCCCAGGACACAUCCAAAGCGGGCUCAACCGAGAAGACCAGAACCCAGAGUACUUGAGAACGCCACGGAUGAAUUACAGAAAACGAGAACGAGAGGAGGAGCUGGGAGAGGAGGCGGAGGGUAUUGAUAGCCCUAAAAGCCGCAAACGAAGGAGACGGAGCAGGCUUUAUAGGCGGAUUGUUGUGGACGAAAGUGAUGACGAGGAUAACCCUCCUUGA